GAAAAUUUAGUUGCAAAACUUGAGCGCUUACUUUGUGGAGAAGAUAAGCUUUAUAGUUGGUGGUUAUUGUCAUUUCAUUGAUUUAUUAAUUUAUCACAUUUAUCACUAAUUGGUCAAAUGUUAAAAGCAAAUGCAGCGUUAGCUCCAAGACCAUUUGUUGAGACCAGAUACAAUAGGUUUAGAGAUCCACAAAUAGGUAUAGGUGGUGAGAAAAAUAUACAUGUACAAGGUAAACAUCACUUUUGUACAGAUGGAAGAUAUCAAAUUGAAAAAGUAUUAGGUAAAGGAUCCUUUGGUGUAGUAUGUGUUGCACUUGAUUUAAAAUCUACUUCAUUAGGGUUUGAAAAUAGGGUUGCAAUUAAGAAAGUUUUUGAUAUUUUUAGUAGUACAGUUAUGCUCAAACGAGCCAUUAGAGAGUUAAAGCUUAUGAGACACUUUAAGGGUCAUAGAAAUGUGAAUUUGGAAAUUAAUUUUAUGGCUCCCUAUCAAGGAUUAUAUUGUAUUCAAGAAUUAUUAGAUUUAGACUUAUCUCGAGUCAUUUAUUCUGGUAUUCAGUUUUCUGAUUUCCAUGUUCAAAGCUUUAUUUAUCAAAUAUUAUGUGGAUUGAAAUAUAUUCAUUCUGCAGAUGUCAUUCAUCGUGAUAUUAAACCAGGUAAUAUAUUGGUUUCUUCCCAAGGAGUAUUAAAAAUAUGUGAUUUUGGAUUAGCCAGAGGAAUGAAUGAACAAUAUUUUGGUCCUAAUAAUCAUGCAAUUACAGGCUAUGUGGCAACAAGAUGGUACAGAGCUCCUGAAUUAAUGUUCUCAAAACGUAUGUAUAACGAAUCGAUUGAUUUGUGGGCUGUUGGGUGCAUUUUAGCUGAACUCUUUGGUAGAAGACCCAUAUUUUGUGCAAAAAAUCCAUAUGACCAAAUUGAACGUAUGAUUAGAGUGCUAGGUACACCAGAUAGAAAUGUUGUAUAUAGACUUAAUUGGAAACUUUUCCAGGAUACUAGAAUUCAUUAUCCAGCUGGUAAUUGGAAAAGUCUUUAUCCUUUUGCAUCAAAUCAUGCAUUGAAUCUAUUAGAUAAUUUGAUUCAAUGGGAUCCAUUAAAUAGAAUAAGUACUACAAGAGCAUUAGAACAUCCUUAUUUACUGAAAGUUCGAAAUGCGGACAAAGAAGCAACAUGCAAAACUUUUGAUUUUAGUUUUGAGGAUAUAUAUACCAGUGCGAAAGAGUUAAAGAAAUUAUUAGAACUUGAAGUCUUGGAAUUUAAAAAGGAAAGAGGAAUAGUUCCCUCUUGA